AUGGCUGCCCCCUUGACAGAAGAAAUUCAGCGUCUGUCAUUUUAUAAUCUGCGACCUCUUCUUUUACAUGGAUAUGUUUUCCCCUUUCUCUUCAUAUAUGCUGCAUGGGCAUAUGUAUGGACGACCGUGUAUGGCAUUGAUGAUUAUUUUGAAGGUGGUCUAAUUGCUUUGGCCGGUGUCGGUCUGUUACAGAUUCUGACUUCGUUAUUUUGCCUGUGGUCAGUACACGUCAGGUGUGCAUUGACGUGUUCAAACGUA